AAAAGAUCAAAUCAACCUAAAACAAAUGGCGGCUGCAGCUGAUUUUAUUUGAGGCUUGGUCUUCGACUUGUUUGCUUCAACCGUAUAGUUCAAUAUCAAGAAUCCUACCACAGGGUGCCGGAAGAAGCUCGAAAUUGACGAUGACCAGAAAUUGGCAUUAGCAGCUUAGUGGAUUUGCGUUUUAGAAAAGUAUCUGACGGAGAAAGUUGUUGACUUGGGGAAGAAGAAGCGCAAUAGAGAGAGGAGAGAUGAGUAAACUGAAAUCGUCGAGCUCUGAAUUGGAUUUGGAUCGACCAAAUAUCGAAGACUAUCUGCCCUCCGGAUCCAUCCAGGAACCUCACGGCAAACUUUGCCUGCGUGAUUUGCUCGAUAUAUCACCUACCCUCACUGAGGCUGCUGGUGCCAUUGUUGAUGAUUCCUUCACACGAUGUUUCAAGUCAAUUCCUCCAGAACCAUGGAACUGGAAUAUAUAUCUCUUUCCUUUAUGGUGCAUGGGUGUCCUUGUUAGAUACUUAGUUCUUUUCCCAUUAAGGGUUAUUGUAUUGACGGUAGGAUGGAUAAUAUUUCUCUCUUGCUAUAUUCCAGUGCAUUUUCUAUUGAAAGGGCAUGACAAGUUGAGGAAAAAACUAGAGAGGUGUCUUGUGGAAUUGAUUUGCAGUUUCUUUGUGGCAUCAUGGACUGGGGUUGUCAAGUAUCAUGGUCCACGUCCCAGCAUCCGGCCUAAGCAAGUAUUUGUGGCAAAUCAUACGUCAAUGAUUGAUUUCAUUAUUCUGGAGCAGAUGACUGCAUUUGCAGUAAUUAUGCAGAAGCAUCCAGGGUGGGUUGGGUUAUUGCAAAGCACUAUUUUGGAAAGUGUUGGAUCUAUCUGGUUCAAUCGUUCUGAGGCUAAGGACCGUGAAAUCGUUGCGAGAAGGCUAAGAGAACAUAUUGAGGGGGCAGACAACAAUCCUCUUCUUAUAUUUCCUGAAGGAACAUGUGUAAAUAAUCAUUACACUGUUAUGUUCAAGAAGGGUGCUUUUGAACUUGGCUGCACUGUUUGCCCAGUUGCAAUUAAGUACAACAAAGUAUUUGUUGAUGCCUUUUGGAAUAGUAGAAAGCAAUCCUUCACAAUGCACCUGUUGCAGCUAAUGACAUCAUGGGCUGUUGUUUGUGAUGUAUGGUACCUGGAGCCCCAAAAUCUGAAACCUGGAGAAACACCUAUUGAAUUUGCAGAAAGGGUGAGGGACAUUAUUUCUGUUCGAGCAGGCCUUAAAAAGGUCCCAUGGGAUGGAUAUUUGAAAUAUUCUCGUCCUAGCCCUAAGCACCGUGAGCGAAAGCAACAAGGCUUUGCAGAAUCAGUUUUGCGCCACCUUGAGGAGAUAUAGAAGUAUGAUCCACACGGUUUUCUUCGGCAUGUGUAAGAAGUUGGAUUGUAGGAAUCAGAGGUUAAAUGUUGAUAUGAGGCUCAUUUCACUUUUUGGAAUAGUUUAUUUGGAUGACAUGCACUAAAACCUUAACUGGUGGCUUCUAAUGCAUGUUUAUGUUUCGGUUGACUGCAAACAGUUUUGGGAGAAGACUGUAAUCUUCAUUUGCAGCACGGGCCAUAAUAGACUAGAUUCAUUA